CUCUCUCCCUCUCUCUCCCUCACUCUCUCCCUCUCUCUCUCUCUCUCCCUCUCUCUGCCUACGAACCCAACCUAGCUCUAUCUUUCUGUUUUUCUCUCAUGGAAAUGUCGUUUAAUAGGUGGCGUUAAGGCUGUUUAUUUUUAAAAGAUAUAUUCUGAGAUGUACGACCAUCUGGAUCCCCGCUCGGCCGAGAGAGGAAGGCUUUUUGUAGAUAUAAUACAAGGAAGCGUCGUCUGAGAGAGGGAGAGAGAGGGGGAAGGAUUGACGCUUUUUCCUCCUCUCCUCCUCCUUCUUCCUUUCGCCCCCCUCUCCUCCUCUUUUUGGCGGAGAGAGAGAGGGGUUGAGGCAGGAAUAAACGCUUUUUGGGCUUUUUUCCCCUUUCUUUUUUGAUGCAUUUGAAUCCUACUGCGCAACCAGACCGGAUCACGUGGGAUUGGGGAGAGUUGGAUCGAUUUUGCACAGUUCAAUGUGAGAAAAAAGGGGAGAGAAACAAAACAACUCUUAUUUCUUUUUCACUUCUGUGGAUAACUCUGACUGUUACGACUUUUGCAUAAUUUCAAGAGACGGGGAGGGGGGACUGUUUGUGGGUAUUUUGCUUAUUUUCUUUCAGCCUUGGAGGUGUGGAGUAUUAAUUCUCAGCUUAUAUGCCUGGGUGUUGAAAAACAAUGGAGACGCACAUUUCGUGCCUCUUCCCGGAAAUUUUGGCCAUGAUUUUCAGCUAUCUGGACGUGAGGGACAAAGGCAGGGUGGCCCAAGUGUGUAUCGCUUGGAGGGACGCGUCCUACCACAAGUCGGUGUGGAGGGGGGUGGAGGCCAAGCUGCACCUACGCCGGGCCAAUCCCUCCCUGUUCCCUAGCCUCCAGGCCAGGGGCAUCCGGAGGGUCCAGAUCCUGUCCCUGCGCCGCAGCCUCAGCUAUGUGAUCCAGGGGAUGCCUAACAUCGAGUCCCUCAACCUGUCCGGCUGCUACAACCUCACGGAUAACGGCCUGGGCCACGCGUUUGUGCAGGAGAUCCCGUCGCUGAGGGUUUUGAACCUCAGCCUGUGCAAGCAGAUCACAGACUCCAGCCUGGGGAGGAUAGCCCAGUACCUGAAGAACCUGGAGGUGCUGGAGCUGGGCGGCUGCAGCAACAUCACCAACACGGGGCUGCUGCUCAUCGCCUGGGGGCUGCACCGGCUCAAGAGCCUCAACCUGAGGUCCUGCCGGCAUGUGUCAGACGUGGGGAUCGGACAUUUGGCGGGGAUGACGCGCAGCGCGGCGGAGGGCUGCCUCAACCUGGAGUACCUCACCCUCCAGGACUGUCAGAAGCUGACGGACCUGUCGCUCAAGCACAUCUCCAAGGGGCUGGCCAAGCUCCGGGUGCUCAACCUGAGCUUUUGCGGGGGGAUCUCGGACGCGGGGAUGAUCCACCUGUCCCACAUGGCCUCCCUGUGGAGCCUCAACCUGCGCUCCUGCGACAACAUCAGCGACACGGGCGCCAUGCACCUCGCCAUGGGCACCCUGAGGCUCUCGGGGCUCGACGUGUCCUUCUGCGACAAGAUAGGGGACCAGACCCUGGCGUACAUAGCCCAGGGGCUGUACCAACUCAAGUCCCUGUCUCUGUGCUCGUGUCACAUCUCGGACGACGGGAUAAACCGGAUGGUGAGGCAGAUGCACGAGCUAAGGACCCUGAACAUUGGACAGUGCGUGCGCAUCACGGACAAAGGGCUGGAGCUCAUAGCCGACCACCUGACUCAGCUGGCGGGCAUCGACCUGUAUGGAUGUACCAAGAUCACCAAGAGGGGACUGGAGAGGAUCACACAGCUCCCCUGCCUUAAAGUGUUGAACCUGGGACUCUGGCAGAUGACAGAGAGUGAGAAAGUGAGGUGAUUGGAAAUGAGGUUGUGUUUCUUUUCUUUUUUUUCAUGGGGACAGAGGGGGAUAUGCG